AUGGCGCCUCGCGAAUCUCGCAAAGCCCGGCGCCAGGAAUCCGAGUCCGUGGUGGAGGAGGAGGAGGAAGAGGAGGAUAGCUCGCAACAGACCACGCAGGGUGAUGCCAUGGAAGUCAUGAAGCAGGCAAGCAAGCUUGUAGAAUUCACCAAUGCCCGGCGAGACAAGAAGCGCAAGGCUAUUGUGGCAGAGCACGAGAGGCGGGUCAAGGACCUCAAGACGAAGAUAGAUACCUUGUUCAACAACAGGAAGAAUCGAGUAACCAAGUCUCGGCAAGAUCUCUGGAAAAGACUCGAUGCUCUGAACAUGAAACGCCAAAAUAUCGAGGAGCAAAUCCUGAAGAGCAUGAAGACCAUCGAGCAGGCCUCUAUCAAGUUCUCCGGGGAACUCGAACCAAUUUUCAGAGGCCGUAUCAAUGAUAUGGAGAUGGCGGGCUAG